AUGAAAUAUUUUAGAAAAUAAUUGUUAAUAAUCAUAAGUCUAAUCAAUCCUUCCUUUUUGUUAUAUCAAAAUUUGAUGCUUUCAAUUAAUAUUAUAGUGAUAAUACUCAAUCAAUACUUAAAGCAUCAUAAUUAUUUCAAUAUGUAGAAAUUAGAAAAAAUAUUAACAUAUCUAUAAUGGAUGGCAAUCUAUUCUUAACUAUCCUUAGAUUGUUUCUAAUAAUAAUUAUGUGCAUAAAUCAUAAUAUUAACUGAGACUAAUAAAGUUUUCAAGAUUAUUGUGGGUGUUGGUUCAUCAAUAAAUUCUAUUUUGUAGCCAAAUAUAUUUAAGUUUUAUUAUACGAUUCCAUAUAUGAUUGUAGUAUUAAGCAUAAUUAUAUAUGACAGCAGGACCAGUAUGGUUUAAGAGAAAAAGAAAUCAAUUUAGAUUUAAUAGACAAACCUUAUAACAUUUAAGUAGAAAUCAAACUAAUUUGAAAAACAAGCAUCAUAACAAUAGAUUCAAGAAAAUAUACUUCGUUCUCCUGAGGGAGAUUAUCCUGAUCUAUAGAAUAGUCCUAUAAUAUUGGAUUUAUAAUGUAAUGAAGAAGAUGAUGUAUUAGCUUAAAUGUAUUAUUAAUAUUAUUUUAUUAGGGCUUGGAUUCAUAAUUAAUCGAUUUUAGUUUACAAUCAAAACUUUGAAAUAGUUUAUUAAAAUUUUUUUCUUGGAAAACUCAAUAAAAAUUAAAAUAAAGGAUUGCAAAUAGAUUAUGAAUCGAUAUUUUUGGAGUCCAUAAUUGAAAUAGGUAGUCGUGAAGUGAAUGAUUUAUUUGGGAAUUCUGAAAUUGAUUUAGAUUAAGAUAAGUAAAUUAUAUAUUGUUAUAAUUAAUAGUUCUUUAUUUUUGGAUAAUACAGUACAUAGUAGAUAUAAAAUAAAAGGAGGAUUACAUAAGAUUAGAUUGAUGAUAGGAUAAUUAUUUAAUAAUUAUUCAAAGUAAAUAAUGAAAUAAAUUUUAGAUGGAAAUUUUUUACAUUUACACUAUUCAGAAUUAGAAGUGAUGAAUUAGAUUUUGAUAAUUUAAACAUUAAAGUGUUAGUGACAGAAGUAAAAUAAAAACUUUAUACACUUUUUAUGUUUGAACCUAUUAAUAAAGCAACUUCAAAAAGAGUGUUAGACGAACCACUUUAAUUUUAGAACGUAUUUUAAACCUUUUUAUCUGAAUCAAAUAACUAUAUAAAUGCUAUUCAUUUAUUGAUUUUGUUAUGUUCUCAUGAUAUAGAGAAGAAUAAUGGGAAAGUUUAGAAAGAUUAUUUAAAGUAAAUGCGUAUGAGCACAUAAAAAUUUAUGAUGUUUCUUAGUACUAUGAAAGAUCUGACUUUAUAAUUGACAAAUCAGCUUACAUUUAGAAACUCAACAUUUAAAAUAACUGAUAUUUUAGAUGAAUUAUAGUUGAUUUAUGAUGAUUGCCUAAAGAUAAAAGAGAUUUCAAUAAUACCAAUUAUUGACUAAGAAAUGUUAGUAUAUAAUGAUUCUGAAAGAGUAAUAUUAAUAUUAAUUGAUUUGAUAGACAAAGCAAGUUUUAAAAUGCUUAUUUGAAAUUGCAAUAAAAUACACAGUUACUUAAAAAAUAAGAAUAGACAUUCAUCAAGUUUCUCCAAACAAUUUUCAAUUUUAGAUAAAAGACAUUCCAUUUAGAGAUGAGAUAUCUAGAUUAGGUUAUUCUACAGUUUUAAGAAAUACUUCAUAAUUAAUGAAAAAUAGUUGUAAAGAUUUUGAUAUGAGUAAUCUUUUGGAACUUUAGGUUUCUGCAAUGAUAGCAUUUUUACUCUCUGGAUCACUUAGAAAACCAUUAGAAUUAACUUUUGAUAAUCAUAUGUCAGGAACAUUUACAUUUACUGUUGAAUCUCUUUAGAUGAAUAGUAAAUAAGUAAGUUAUGCUUAAUAGAUGAAACCUAAAAGACCAUUUGAAACAUCAUUAUCUAUGCUUUUAGCUUAGGCUUAAGAUAGUUCUCAUUAUAAAAAUGAAGAAUCAAAAUAUAUGUCAUUUACAUAAAUAUCCAAAUAAUAUUCAUUAAAACCUGAUACAGCCUUUGAUUUACAAAGUGCUCAUUUUUCAUAAAUAUCAAAAAUUAAAUAAGAAUCACCAUAGAUAAAACCAUUGGGAUCUUAACAUUAAAGCAAUUCAGGAGGAACAAAUAAAUUUCAAGAUUCUUUAUUUCCAAAAAGCUUAAAUAAUAAUCCUUCAAGAGUAAUUAAAAGUGAUUCAGGUGUAAAUAUUUCAUCAAAACCUCCAACAAGUACUUUAGAUUUUGGAGAUAGUACUAAUCCUAAUUUAGAUCCUCCUGAAUUAAGUCCAAAAUUCUUACAUUCUGUAAUUAAGUUUAAACUCACAAAUCAAUGUUGUUCAAAAGUAAUCAUUGCAGAUAAUGACUAUUUGAAUGUAUAGGUAUUGUAGAUUCUAUUAAAUAAAUAUGAGGUUAGAUCAGACAAAGCAUUUACUUAAUAAUAAACUUUAUCACUUAUUAAAAAUAAAUAAGAAAAUCCAUGUAGAUGUAAAAAUGGAGCAUAUUUAUUAUAUUUUAUUGAUGCAUAUCUACCUGUAAUUUAUAUAAUUUUAUUAUUAGUAAUCUGGAGUUGAAUUGAUUAAAUAAAUAAAGAACUAAUUUAGAAAUUAAUAAGUUGAUAGAGGAUUUAUAAUUGCAAUGGCUAGUUAUAGUGAUAUGGAACUUAAAUUAAAUUGUUUUAAUUCAGGAAUCGAUUAUUUCAUUUCAAAACCUUUUGAUUUAUUUGAAUUAUCUGCUAUCCUCUAAUAUAUAUAAUUUUGA